AUUAUUGAGAAUUGAGACCCUAAUCAUAAAUUUUAUCUUUUGUCUCUUUGUAUUGUUCAGUUAGAUCCCACUAUUUUUGCUUUCAAUUUUAAAUUCUAAAUUGUGUUCUGCUUUUUCAAGAAUCCAGAUUUCUGUAUCCUUAAUUUUGGGUUGUUCUCUUUUGUACAGUCUCUUCAACUUUCUUUACAUGAAUUUGGUGGCUUUGCAAAUAAAGAAACAUUGCUCAGAAGAGCAAAUUCAAUUCAAUACCCAGAAAAUGAGGUAAGAAUCUUUGAAAAUGAAAUAGGGUUAAAAAGCUGCCAACUUUGUUUGGCCUUAAUAACAGUAGCAUGCCAUGUUAAGAGGAUUUCUAGAUUUAUGUCAACUUUCUAGUUCUUUGUCAGCUAUGAGUUAAUUUUGUUGUAUGAUUUUCCUGAUACCAAUUUGUGAAAACGGCUUAAAGAUGAGAGUUUUGUACUCUUUAUUUCUUAUUUCUUAUUUGUUGUGGUUCUGGUUUUGGUCUUGUCUUUUAUUUUGAUUUAUGAUCACAAGGACAAUGAGCUAAGAAGAGAAACAAAUAGUAGGGGCUUAUGGCAGGAUGGUCGAUGUUAACCAACGGGUCUUCUUUAGAUUGUGCUGAUGUUACCAGUGGAUUUAAGGAUAGUACUUGUCGCCCUGAUGUGAAUCAUGCUGUAAAGGAUCAUAAUGCUGUCGAAGAGUCUGAUGAUGAUCACGAAGUUAAGCUCAGAUGCCUAUUUGAUCAGGUUCUUUCGGUUUUUGCCAACGAGGCUGCUGCUAGAGGCAGCUUUAGGCCCAUUCCAGCAUUGCUUGGCGGUGGGAAAUCGCUUGAUUUAUUUAAACUUUUCCGGGUGGUAAGAAAGAGAGGUGGAUUUGAUUUGGUCAAUGGCUUCUGGAGUUUUGUGGUGAAAGAGCUAGGGUUGGAUCUUGCAGCUUCAGCUUCAGUAAAAUUAGUCUACUUUAAGUACCUGUAUGAGUUGGAAAGGUGGUUGAGGGGAAGCAACAGUAGUAGGAGAUUGGGAAAUGGGCAGUGCCGACCUGGUGGGAAAUUUAAUUGCUUAUCAAUGGAACUAGAGGCAGAGUUUAGAAAGUUGUUAUCAAAUGGGUCUAAAAAGGGGAAAGAUGGAAAAUAUAAGAAAAAGAGCAAAAAUUUCGGUAUCAAUGUUGUGAAAAGUAAAAUAGGCCUGCCAGAUACUAAAGAUGUACAUAGUGCUGGUAGUAGACAUACUGAUGAUGAUGAAAAUUUUCAAGAAUAUACUGGCAAAUGCAAGGGAAAGUCUGCAGACAUAUGUGCCCAUCCUCCCCCUACCCCUGCCCUAGCCGAGGAGCACCUUGUGCGCCGGGUGAAGCCUUACAAUGAAAAAUGUUCUACCGAUAAUGAUGGCGACGACGUUGUGAUCUUGGAUCCUAGUAUUGGGGAGAAAUUGUUUAGUCCACGGAAGAGAAAACGAGAAUCACUAUCAAGAAUGCUGAACUGGGUGAUUCAAGCUGCAAAAUCUCCUGACCACCCUUCAAUUGGGAACAUACCACCAUUGUCAAAAUGCAAGGACAAUAAAGGCAAUGAGUUGUGGGCCCAAGCAAUCAGGGCACGGGAUGCUCUUGUGCGAAGAAGGCAGGUUAAUUCAGGCUGCGAAAGGUCUCUCUUGCAGAACCAUCAAAAGAUCCAUCCGUCCAUGUACAAGGAUGCUAUUCCUCCCAGUGAUCCUUCUUCAGAGAGGGUAAGAUGCAGUGAACGGCUCCCUGCUUUAGUAAAACCUCGUUCCUGCUCUUGUUGCAAUUCAUGUUCAGCCCCUAAAAGUCAAUUGAUAAGUCCUCCCAAGACAGAGUUGGAGAAUGCACCCAAGGCGAAGGUGCUUAUGGCUGAAGAUUUAUCUGCUGCAACCGCAACACUCAGCUCAUCUGGGGAUAUACACAUCCACAGGCAUGUUUCAGUGGGUCGUCGCUUUCAAGCUGAAGUCCCUGAAUGGACUGGCUUGGUUUCUGAGAGCGAGUCUAAAUGGCUAGGCACACAGGCAUGGCCUUUGGAAUUUGGAGAGCACAAUGCCAUGGUUCAAGAAGAUACCAUUGGGAAGGGAAGACCCGAAUCAUGUGGUUGUGAACUUCCAGGUUCUGUUGAAUGUGUAAGAUUUCACAUUGCUGAAAACAGAAUAAAAUUGAAAAUUGAACUAGGCUCUGUGUUCUAUCAUUGGAAAUUUGAUUGCAUGGGUGAGGAAAUUGCACUUAGAUGGACUGCUGAAGAAGAAAAGAGGUUUAAAGAUGUGGUGAGGUUUAAUCUCCCAUCUUUAGACAAAUUCUUCUGGGAUAACUCGAGAAAGUAUUUUCGUAGAAAGACAAAGGAAGAGUUAGUGAGUUAUUAUUUCAAUGUAUUUCUUGUUCAGCGACGGAGUUAUCAGAAUCGUGUGACUCCAAAACAUAUUGACAGUGACGAUGAUGAAUCAGAGUUUGGAUCCUUAAGUGACACUUAUGGUCAGCAAGCAGUCACGGUUCCUGGCACCAAAAUGUUGAUGUGUUCAGAGAAUAAGCAGUGCACUGAUUUCAAGUAGUCAAGGAAUUCACAUUUAAAAUUAGUGGCUUAGAUUUGAAACUUGAACCAUUGAUGGUUUUACAUCCCUUUGCCAGAGGUCAAAACUGUUGUGUUCUUAUCUAGCAGUUCAGCAUCGUUCGAUGUUGCUGAAAAUUUUGAGGGAAUUAGUUAGUCACUUUUGAGAUAUGCAGUUUUGAAAUAUGCAUAGUGUGGUGGAGGCAGCUGGUUGUGAUUUUGCUGGCUCUAGAGCAGUAUGCAUAAUGUGCUAAAAUUCCCCUCUUAUACAUUGGGUAUUACUUUUCAACAUCUGGCGGGGAGCUGCGAUACAGUUGAGAUGGCGGUAUCUGUUGGCUGUCGGAUGUUAGAUCUUGGUUGAAGGGGACAAAUGAGGGAGAGAGAUGAACACGGCAAAAUUCUUCAGAGUCAACUUUGUAGUUUCUUUGUUUCAAGAUGUUCUGUAUGUGUAUGCUUAGUGUCAUUGCCAUUUUAUUACAUCACGUUUCAAGGUGUUGGUGAUGGGAUAUGGCAGUGGUGAUUUUGAUUCUCUUGCUGAAUAUUCAUGUAUCAGUUUGUUGUUUUGCUCAAGGUUCUGGAUGAAGAUCAGUACAGGAAGGAACAAAGUGGUUCUCACA